AUGGUUUAUCCACAGCGAUACAUCAGGAGCAUGUGGCGGCAACAAGGCAUGCCACUCGAUGAGCGUUAUGUUCCCUACCUGCAAAUGGCCGGGUUGUACCAUCUGGCUAGGAUGAACGAUAGAUGGUUCCGGUUAGAUGAGCCCCUUGUCAGCGCCUUCGUCGAGCGGUGGCGUCCUGAGACGCACACCUUCCAUAUGCCCUUCGGAGAGUGCACGAUCACGCUUCAGGACGUGGCGUACCAUUUGGGGUUGGCAGUGGACGGGCGUUAUGUCAGCGGUUGCCUUACAGAUUUUCAUAUGUAUAUCGAGGGUGGACGUCCAGCUUGGGAGACUUUCGGAGAGUGCCCUGAGGGAGCCGAUGAGGAGACUGUGUGGCACUUUGCUCGUGCUUAUAUCAUGAUGUUGUUGGCCACUCAGCUGUUUGUCGACAAGUCCGGCAACCGCAUUCACAUAAGAUGGCUUCCCUACGUAGCUAGGCUUGAGGAGAUGGGUUCCUACAGUUGGGGGUCUACAGCAUUGGUGGUCAUGUUACAGCCCUUCCUACAGCGAGAAUGGUCCUAG